AUCUGGACAUCACAGCCUUAUCUGUCAGUCAUUUCUCUCGGCAUGUAAGGGCUCAUCUCCGAUUUUAUGAGGUCGCAGAAUCAGCUGAUUCCACAAACAGCACUCCCUGACAUGCAUAUGAUAUUCGAAUUUCUCAGGGUCUCUUAACUUGUCGUUAACCAUGUUUACCACCUGCUGCAGCCUCCCCGAACUCCCAGUCGUGUCUCUGGCACGUUUCUUGCGUUCUCAGCUGCCGCUUACGGCUUAUAUGUUCUGCUGUAUCGGGUCCUGCUGUAUCCUCGCUUUUUCUCUCCACUCCGUCACGUCCCUGGCCCCUCUCGGAAAUCCCCUUCUGGGCCACUAUCUCACUAUCGUGAAAGAGGAAACCUGCAUCCCCCAAAAGCAAUGGGUUGCCGCCUAUGGACCUUUCGUUCGAUUCACCGGCUUAUUUGGGGACGAACGGCUCGUCGUUCUGGAAACCCAAGCUUUGAAAGAGAUACUCGUGAACGAUUGGUUGGAUUACCCCCGCCCUCAAUUCAUGCGAGACGUUCUCGGGCUUGUGGCGGGGUAUGGUCUUCUGACAAUCACAGGCGACGAACACAAGUCAUUGCGCAAAGCUAUGAAUCCGGCUUUCUCCAUCGCCAAUCUUAUGGCUCAGGCGGACAUGUAUCAUGGACCCAUCGAAAGGUAUCGAUCACAUAAAUACAGCACCAAAUUACGAAGACUCAUGGUCUGGAAGCCUCGUACCCUUCUCUCUCAAGAAAUUGAGCAGGAACCUGCUGCUGCCGAUGGCAAAGUGUUCAUGGUCUAUGAAUGGAUGGGGAAAGUCACCUUGGACAUUAUUUGUGAUACGGCCUUCGGAUACGAACCUGACUGUCUGCACAAUCCACACAACGAAUUAGCGGUCGCUUUUGAAGGCCUCCUCUCACUUCAGUCCGGAGUCAACCUCGCGAAGCUCAUCGCAGUCAUAGCAAUCCCGGGCGUCAAGACACUGCUGACGACUGAUUGGAUGUUUGAGCACCGUCAUCUAAUCCGAUACAUCCCUUUCCUCUCAGCGCUGGACACGCUUGUCGGAACUUUGCACACGAUCCGUCGAAUCUCUCGGGAGCUUUUACUGGAGAAAACGACAGAUCUCAGUGUGUCGCCGGAUGACACCAGCACCAAGAAGGAUAUCAUGUCUCUGCUUGUUCGUCAGCGAAAGGCAGAAUUGGAUGCCAAUCCCCGGGCCGAUGCGAUGUCUGAUAGGGCCAUGGUCGAUCAAGUUCUGACCUUCCUUGCUGCUGGACAUGAGACCACUGCCACCGGAAUCACCUGGACUCUCUGGCUUCUAGCCAAUGAUCCAGCGAGCCAGCACAAACUUCGCGAAGAAGUAACUCACAUCUAUGCUUUGAAUCCUCGUCCAGAUUACCGCACGCUGAAAAGUCUGACUUGGCUGGACUGUGUCGUGAACGAGGGACUGCGCGUUCUUCCGCCUGUUCCACUGACAAUGCGCAAGGCAGCAAAGACCGACUAUGUUGCGGGUGUGUUAGUGCCGGAAGGUACUGUCAUCCAGUUCCCGAUCCGAGUCAUCAACACUUGGAAACAAGUAUGGGGCGAAGAUGCCGACGAGUUUCGCCCAGGUCGCUGGCUCGACUUGCCUAAAGCUUACAACGCGACAUUUUCCCAAUUCUCAUUUAUCGCCGGCCCCCAUGGUUGUAUCGGCAAAACAAUGGCAGUAAGUGAGAUGAAGGCGGUUAUAAGUGCCUUGGUCUAUAAUUUUGAGUUCAGUCCUGCGUACUCGGGACAGAUCGCGCAUCCAGCAGCCGCUAUCACAAUGAGGAACUUUGAGCCUCCCGGCUCUAAAGCAUUGCGAGACUAUGUACAAGAAUUCGACGAUAGGGUAGAUCCGAAUAAGCGGGAGCUCAUGAGGCUGCGACAGCUCGAGAAACAACAACUGAAUCUGACGGACACCUUCACUCCGCCUGCUGCUCCACCACCCAAGCCUAAGGGUCCGAAAUGUUCUGUGUGCUUCAAGCAUAUCCAGGUUUCCGUCAAUCCAUGGCAACUUGCCAAGACUGAACGCAUGAUGGCGGAGCUCUCGGAUGACUCUGGCGACGAGGAGGAAGGUGAUCGACAACCCCGCGUACCCCGCAAGCCUGUUCUCCAUGGAAUGCAACUUGCAACUUGCAAGCACUACUUCUGUGGGGCAUGUCUGGCUCAAGCGAUAUACCAUCGCCUCAACAUAGCCUUUGAUCCUGCGCUCUAUGGGACGGCAUUGAAAGAGAACAAGCUCGCGGAACCAGGUAGACGCGCAGACUUUCCGAUAUCAUGUCCCACGUGUCAAGUCAAGCCUGGGGAAGAGGCCGUCGAAAUCAGCGACGUAACGGCUCGUCUGGUGUUGGGCCAAGACAAUAUGGACGAGUGGAAUCACGCGCGGUUCUUGUCCUCGCUGAAUCUCAUUUAUUGCCCGCAUAAAGGAUGCGACGAGUGUUUCGAUGCGGAUGAUGUGGCCCCUGCUCCCAGCGGUGUGGAACAUGCUGAUACGUUGGUCCAAUGCCCACGCUGUCGAGGCUCACUUUGCAAGGCUUGCAAGUCUUUGUGGCACGAGAAUUUGACGUGCCAGGCGUAUCAAGCAUUGCCAAUCGCAGAGCGUGCUCCCGAGGACAUCGCAUUCGCCAAUCUGGCCGAGCAGGAAAAGUGGCGACGUUGUCCAAAAUGCUCGGCUAUGGUCGAGCUCAAGGUGCGUUCGGCUGCAAUCAUAUCACUUGCAUCUGCAAACACCACUUCUGCUACACUUGUGGCGCUGACUUUGAACACGACAAAGGGAAAUAUCGUUGUAAAGGAGACCAGCACGGGAGGCGAUCACUGUCUCUCCCUCCCCGGAAUCUCUAACCUUGUCGCGAUGUUGAAGAGGUACAAGGCCUUCAUGAAGAAUGAAGGUCACUUUGCUCCCCCAGGCGCGCAAGCCUUGCAAGACUUUGUCAGUGUUUAUGAUCAACAGCGCCAAUGGGUGCGCCAGACGCAGGCGGCCCUCGUCGAGAAGCAACGCGUUUUGACAGAAGAAGAAGAAGCACAACAAGCAGAGGCUCGUGCAGUUUUGGAAGCCUUGGGAAGAGAGAGCGAAGAUACACUUCGGGGCACGCAAGAUUCGGGGUCGUCUGUUAGCGGUACGUCCCAACCAGCCGUGCAGCGUAUCCUGGCCUCAUAA